UCAAAUCAUUCAUCACUCAAUCUCUGUCCUGUCUUACCUUUUCACCACCGACCCUUCAAUUUCCUCUAAUUCCAUCAAUGGCUCCAACAAAGGCAGAGAAGAAGCCAGCGGAGAAGAAACCCGCAGCUGAGAAAUCCCCCGCUGAGAAAAAACCUAAGGCCGAGAAAAAGAUCUCGAAGGAAGGAGGAAGCGACAAGAAAAAGAAGAAGGCCAAGAAGAGCGUCGAGACUUACAAGAUCUACAUCUUCAAGGUGUUGAAGCAGGUUCACCCUGAUAUCGGUGUUUCCAGCAAGGCUAUGGGAAUCAUGAACAGUUUCAUCAACGACAUCUUUGAGAAACUCGCUCAAGAAUCAUCUCGUUUGGCUAGGUAUAACAAGAAGCCAACUAUUACAUCUCGGGAAAUCCAAACCGCUGUUAGAUUGGUUCUUCCUGGUGAAUUGGCCAAACACGCUGUCUCUGAGGGUACCAAGGCUGUCACCAAAUUCACCAGUUCUUGAAUUAUUUGCUCAGAUAUCUCCCAAUUAGGUUUAAUUUGAUUUUUUUGGUUAAAUUAGGGUAAUCGUUUAUGGAGAUUGUUGAUGUAUUAUAAUGGAUUUAAGUUGAAAUAAAAGCUGGUUUAAAAUUA